UUGCUUGAAAAAUAUGAAUCUGUAAAAGAAGAUAUAAAGCUCAAUAUUCUUGGUACUAUCCAUAAUGAAGAAAUUGUCAUUGCUAUAGUUAUUGAAAAUAAGAAUGCAUUAAUAUGUGAGCUAGAGAAAGAUAUUGAAGCAUUUAAUCUCCAAAAUAGAAUGAAUAUAUUAGAAUAUAUUAAUUAUAUAGGUAAAAAAGAUAUAAAAGAAGUAUUGAAUAACCAAGAAAUA